AUGAGCGGCAAGAUCAACAUCCAGGAAAUCCGGAACGCUUACGCAAACGGACGAACCAAACCAUCCAGACCAAAGUUGCAGCCACGCAACGAAUCGAUCAUCGCCGAGGCCGAAAGAGAAAUGAUGCACCCGGUAGAUCUCGGCAGCCCCGUCACCCCACCAGGGGAUGACCACUGGGACGACGAUGACUUGGUAGAAGUGUCGAUGCCCAGGACGCGUGACAACAUCAAAGCGGCCUGCAUAGAGAAUGGCAUCGCUGCCUUCAGCCUUUACGCUUCCAGGAAGUUCCGCCGAGUCAAGAACGCCCUCUUGUACGACUCUGCCCCGAUCGAUGACAGCUGGGAAACUAUCAAUUGGGACGAGGAACAGGAAGAUCGCAUGCAAGGGAAGGAGCAGGGCAAGGGCAAGGGCAUGGCUCCCGUGUACUAUUCCUUUGUGUCGUCCGCUCUGUCGGGUAACGAGAAGCCGCGGAGGUUCAGAGGCGAUGCUGCAGUGGAUGGGCAAGAGGCGCGGGCAUAUCAUGCUGGACAGCGCGGUGCCGGGGGGAAAAUGAUGAAGCCUCGCCUGCGGACAGCGAAUGCCCCAAGACAGACAGAAACCCAUCAGGCUGCUUCCAAGAAUGCCGACAGCAACCUUGUUCAGCCCGCCGAGAAGCCUGCUGCGAAGAAGUCUUUCGAGAAGAGCACCGAGAAGGCUAUCGAGAAGCUUGCCCAGAAGGCUGCUGACAGGGGUGCUGACAGGGCUGCUGAGAGGGCUACUGAAGAAAACACUGAAAAUACCAUCGCUAAGUGUGAGAAACCAGCCGAGCCAGUUGCGGCGCCGGUCAAGCAAAAGGGAAAACAAAAGAAGAAGAACCGCAAGUAUCAGAAUGAGGACUGGCUCGCCGAGGAGAACCAGCUGGAUGGGUCGACAUGUGCCGCCGAGUAAGCGAGGAGAUUAAAGAGUGGUGGACUGUUGACAAAGGCAGCAAUAGGUAUUAUGAAGAGUGUUUUCUUCUGUAUUUAGUGUACUAGCAGCAAAAACUCCGAGAUAGUACAGGUCAAAAUAAAUAGGUAGCUCUGUUCCUGGC